CGAAAAACGAGUCAGUCGGUUCUGAACGAUGCCCCCAAAACUUACACCUGUGUCGCCAGUUACGGUCCCCGCGGAGACAUGGCGGCAGCUCCUUCGAUCACUCCUGCGCGAGGCAUCCUAUCUCCCCGACCCCGUUGCCAAAGGCUACAUGCAUCGCUAUGUUCUCAGUCGAUUCCGACACUACGCGGACAACCCCAGCUUCGAAGAACGGAAUGAUCUCUGGCAACGCUGGCGAUUGCGGAAGACAGCCAUCAAGGGCCUGUCAGUACUACGAAGAGCCAAUGAAGGUUAUAUGAAACCACUCGAGAAAGUCCUACGCAUGGCAUAUGGUCGCAGCGGGAGUCGGAGAAGGCAACUCGUUCUAGACCUAAUUGCUCGAGCGACUCCGCCUUCGGAGCCGAAACCCAAGUGUUUGGAAGAUCUUCUGGCCAAGAGUAGCAUGACAGAGGACUGGAAACCGCCUGAGGUCGUUCAAGAUCUGUUGAAGGCUCAGCUCCAACAACCUUUGCUUCAACACCUCGAUGCCGCCCCAAGACUCAAGGAUUUCGAGCCAGUCAUACCCGAAAAGAAUGCAUGGGCUAGGCCGCUUCCACAUUGCCGACGAAGGAAUAUCAGAAAGGAAUGGUACAGCAGAGUCUUGGCCAACCUCCUUCCACCAGUCCCACCCCGCGAGCUAUGGCUUCUUGAAGGUCUAAUAUCAGGCCGAUUGCCAUGGACGCCACCUAAAAGAAGGAGAGCCAUUGGAGCUGCAACUGCUCCUCCAUCUGAGCCAAAACUUGAUGUCGACUUCCUGGUGGAUGGCCCAAAGAAGGGACAGACGUUCAAGCCCUAUGCCGGCGGGCGACCUCAUGUGUUCACACGUCGGCUCAUGGUCAGAGCUUGGAUGCGCAUCUCAACUCUAAUACCCCGCGUUCUCAGAUAUAGAAAGGACGGGACUGGGAACCCAAAGCACAGGUUUACAUGGAAACGAGAAUCUCCAACCAAAACAAUACUCCCGGCGAGAAGGGAAAUGAGUGCUGAGGUUUUUGAGGGCGUCGAUUCUCGGGGGAGAUUGCUCGCAGAUCGACCGAAGCAAUAGCAGCAAGGCAACGUCCAACUUCAAGACGCACCUAAUGUCAAGACUUACUAACAUACACACUUUUUGAGACACUACUUAAGGGAAUUUGAAAUACGCCUUCAAGACUGCAUCAUACCCCGACAAAUGGGUCUUUCGGAUGCUCACAGCAAGCGCUCCUAUCAAUCUCCCCUAGGGAUAACAGUUCCGCAUGAUCCGAACUUGCCCAAACUCAUUGAUAUAUGGCUGGCUUCCGGCCCGAACGAUCCAGGGUCCGUUGACCGGCUUCUCUCGUUCGAUGCCAUAAGGCCAGAUGUCCUCCAUGGUCAGACGAAAAUCAUCAUUCGGCUCCCCAUUCUUGAUCCUCAACUUGUCGAAGAGACAUAUGCCGCAUAGAAGACUAUGCCCGUGUUGCCCACGAGGGCGCCCUCUUGCUUGAGGAACACGUGCAGCAGACCGGAGUUGAUCGUCUUGUCGCCCCCAGGGAAAGCCGCCUUGGCCGCAUC